ACGGAUACAUUGAAUAGGGCCAGGCAGGCUGCUACCAAAAAGGCUGAGGAAGCAAAGAAAGUUAUAGAGUUUACAAUUGACUUGUCAGCCAUCCAGACGCUAGCAGUCUUGAAGCUAAAAUGGUGUCAGUUUGAGAUAUCUGAGAACUCUCCCAAGGGUCUUAACUUACUGAGAAUGCUGGCGUUAAUGAAGACCAAGGUGACAAAAAAGACGCUAGAUGCAAUCUUCAACAACUGCAUCCACCUCAAGACGCUUGAACUAAUCAACUGUCGAAUGAUGAUUGACUUUUCAAGAGUGAAUGUACUUAAAGAGGUAAAACUUCAUUAUAAUCGGAGUUAUGAUCGGCAUAGUUGCAAUCCACUUGCCAUGGUGAUUGCUAAUAUGGGAGCUUUUAUGGGAGUUCAUGUUCUCGCAGCGACAAACAUCUUUCUUGAGUCUCCAACAAAUUGUACUCUUUUUGACAUUGCUGCGUUUCUCAAAAAGUACUGCCCUAACCUCGAGAAAGUUUCGAUCGAUAUAAAUGAUUUCACAUUUGAACCUUAUAUCUUAUGGGAGCUCUAUCAGAAGCCAACGGUUCAGAAUGGCAGCUACCCUUUGAACACUAUCAAGUAUGUUGAGAUCAUGGGCUAUAAAAACGGCUGGCAUGAGCUUGAUAUAGUGGAGUUCUUCGUUAGGAAUGCAAAAUCUCUGGAGAAGUUGAAGCUGAUAGAGCCAAGAAACCCAGAGGUCACAGUGUUUGAACCAGAGUAUGAAAGGAUCACCAACAUAAAAAGCUUAUCUCCAGAGAAAGAUCUCAUUGAAUUUAUCAAAUCAGAUUUGGACUUAUGCAAAGUUCUUCUAGACUAUAUAAAUGUCAACAUGUUAUCAUGCUCCUAA